AUGGCUGCGGGGGGCUGCCCGCCGAUGUGGCGGCCCAGUGUUUUGAGGAUCAUGGAGAAGGACUUCCUCGGCGCCUCCGCGGCGAGGCGUGCUGCUCGACGGCGCGGUCGCGCUGCUCUGGAAGCAGCUCUGCGGCCGCUUGUGGCGGCUCGCGGCGCCCCAGGCUCGUGGGUGGACCGCGAGCGCGCCUCGAGGCCGGCUCUGCAAAGGAUUGCCGCAGGAGAUCGUGUUCCCGGCGCGAUGCGGCUGAGGCGGAACGCCGCCUGGCACGCGUGCCGAGUGCCGCCUGGCGGCUUCACAGCCGCGUCCUCGGCGGAUCUGUCCUGGGCUGCUGCUGGGCCUCGGCUGGGGCACACUGCUGGUGGCAUGCGGGCUGUGGCCGCGUCGUUCGAUGAAGGUUCCGAGGCGCCCGUGGGGGAGCGGUGGGCAGGCCCUGGGGAGGCCACCGCCUGCUCGUCCUCCCCGAUGGCGCCGCCCUGCUCCGACGCGACCCUGGCCUACCUGGAGGCGCACCCUGCUGCGGUGCUCAAGGGGUGCAACGAGGCCGAGGACGUGAGCUGCCACGUGAAGGUACCGGCGGUGGAGGUGGAGGGCCUCGGCGUGUUCGUGGCGUCGGACUGCGUGGGCCCCUCCAAGAGCGACGAGUCCGUCUCUGGCUCGGACUCCCAGCAGUACCAGAAUGCCACCGCCGAGGCGACCGCGGAGGACUACAGCGAGAAGAUCAGCGAGGCGAUCCGCGAGGCGGGCCUCGUGCGGCGGCUGCCUGAUGUACCGCCGUGGCUGCUCGAGGUGCUCAUGCAGGGCAUGCGGAAUGCCCAUUCCUCGUGGUGCGGAUGUGGCUGCCUGUUCGCGCUGCCGUACUUCGUGGCACAGUUCGUGUCUCAGGCGUUUGUUCGACGAGGAUUGGGUCGACUCUGGCAGCUCUUCAUGAUGCCGUGCGUGCUCCUGUCCGUUGAGGUCUUCUUCGGGUUCACGCUCGUGGCGGGCUUCACGGCGUUCUCGCAGAGCGGCGCGGGGACGGCCAUGGUGAACUGCCUCGGAGGGUGCAUCAUGCUGGCGAUGAUCUUGGGCGACUCUGCGAUGGGCGUGCUUCAGCAGGCUGCGGCGGGGGAGGCGGAUGCAGCUGGCCUCGAUCCAGAACUGCAGUUGCCCCUCCGUUUCCUCGCCAUCGCCGCCUCGUGCGGGCUCAUGUGGCCCGCGUGCGCGAAGCUCGACCUGAGCACCAUGGGGUGGAGCUCCGUGCUGGGGGUCUCCGCCACAGCAUUGACGGCGUGCGUCAUGGUGGCGCGGCUGCUGGAUGGUAGUUACACGGACCCUGCCGGUCAGUUCGUGGGCGCGCCGACGAUGGAAGUCCCCCACCUCGGAGGCUACAUAGACAGCUCGGUGCAGCAGAUCAUGAUGGGACACCUGGAUCUGGACGGUCAUCUCCAGAUGUCAGCACUAUCCGGGGCACCCAACCCCAGCAGCGACUACACACUGUCUCAGCUUCUCCUGACGGCCACCGGCAGCGACGACCCAGGGCAGAUCGGCAGCAUGUUUCCCAAGUGCCGUCCCAUUGACGACCAGUUCGGCAGUGGCGCCAUUGAGUCUGGGCCCUACGCAUCCAUCUGCGACAGCUGCAGCGGGGAACCGGUCAAGUACACGCGGGAACCAGUGCUGGGCCGGCGCCUCCUGGAACGCUUCCUGGCCUGCCGCAUCUGCGUGGUGUGCAUCGGGGACAUCGCGCCCAGCGUCCUCAAGGUCAUUCUGGACAGGGCUCUGAUAGGACAAUCCUGGAUGAUCCAUGCUCAGAGGGACGCUCCGCUCAAGGACACCGACUCCGCCCACUGCAGCAUUAGCACCCUCUUGGACUGGCUUGCAAGCCUCGAACAUGACACGCUAACGGGCGACGCCAUGUCGGACGGGGAGAUAAGCGGAAACGACACAGACCCAACAGCAGCGCCGUCUGGCGCGGCCACGCCCGCGCAGCUCCGCCGGGCGGUGGACGCGGACGUCGCCGACGCGCUGCCGGAAGGUAGCCGAGCGCCCGAGGGCGUCUUCGACGAUGUGGUGAACGCAGGGUUUGCACUCAGUGGCCUCAUGUACACCGCCAUCGCCGCGUGCGGUUUCCUCACCUUUGGCCCGAACGCCACGGACAAUGUGCUCGACGGCUACGCUGCCAGCGACCCGCUCGCGGGCGCAGCGAGGCUCGCGACCAUAGUCUGCGUGGCCUGUUCCUUCCCGCAGAUGUUGCUGGGGCUGCGCGAUUCGCUCAAGGACCUCACCAGCGGGCACAAGGAGAUGGAGGCGCUGACCGCCACCCCCGUGCUGCUCGCCGCGAUCGCGCUCCUCGCGGGCGUCCUCACGGACCUCUCGACGGUGAUAGCUGUCCAGGGGGCUGUGCUGGGCGCGCUCCUCGUCUUCGUGCUGCCCGGCAUGAUGAUGGCCGCGCGGAAGGGCAGCGCGCCAGGCAGCGCGCCGGAGAGCGGGGACGUGACUUCGAACGGCCUCAUCGCCAUGGGCACGCUGAUCGGCGCAGGUGGCCUCUGCGCGUCGGGAUUGCAAGCCGCCGCAGCAGGAUCCCCCUGA